AUGCUUGGAAGGCACGGCAUAAUAGACACGUUCCCAGGAGCUAGGUAUGGGAGCCAGGGGGACGAUGAAGGCGAGGAUGCGGAGGAGGAGGAGGAUGUAGGGGGUGGAGGGGAGGAGAAAAGGGGCGGGGCAGGGGGUGGGCCGUGGCACAUGCGUGCAAAUGCAAGAGAGGAUGCUCCUGAUCCGGCUGUGGGCGUGGAGGAGAGAGUGAAGGAGAGUGCACCAGAGGGCACGGGAGGGGGAGAGGAGGAGGAGGAGGCGGGUGUGGGGAGUGCUGUGAAAGUGAACGACGAAAGAAAGGAGUUUGACGAGCAAGCAGGAGGAGGAGGAAGAGGAGGAGGAAGAAGAGGAAGCGGCACAGACCCCAUGGCGAAUCGCCCCGGCACUAGCCCUCCCACGCUGCUGCUGCUGCUGCUGCUGCUGCUGCUGGUGUCAGUUGCGGUGGUGGUAGACUCGGAUGUGAAGAGCACUGGUGCUCCGCUGAUCUUCACUAGAAGCUCGAAAGGUGGGGUGGAGAGGGAGGAGGAGGAGGAGGAGGAGGAGGAGGAGGAGGAGGAGGAGGAGGAGGAGGAGGAGGAGGAGGAGGAGGAGGAGGAGGAGGGAGGAGGAGGAGGGUGCGGGAACAGCAAAGAGUCACCUGGAGAAGAUGAGCAGGAGGGCGCGAGGCGGAUUCCGCAUGUGCCCAGGAGGGGGCCGGAGGGCGCAGUAGUGGGGGAAGGGGGGAAGCAGGCGGAGGUGACGGCGCUGCCAUAG